GCCAAAGCACACCCACUGUGCCAGGGUCUCGCUUCGGGCACCACGUGCAUCUUCUCUCCCUGGCCACCCUGAUUCGAAAAUUCCUGGUGAAUGUAACUCUCCGGGUACCGGUAUACACACUUCUUCGGGCGCACGAGCCGAUCGCUGGGCUCCGGCGCAUAUCUUGCUUCGAGGGUGAAGGGAGUCGGGGAACGUAUGGGGGGUAGCAGCGAAGCUCUGCCAUUCCUGCAGAGGAGGAUAGUAAAGAAUAGAACGAAAUAAUCAAGUUCAACAUAUUGGCUUUUUUGCUGGACUGGUCGUUCUGGAACUGAAUGCAGAGAUGAUGAAAGCCGGGAUUCAUCGGAGAAUCGCUCCGAUGGACAAUACGUAAGGAUGAUGACGACAAGUCACGUGCAAACUCUCCGCUGGUGUCUACUCUUCUCAACGAAAUGCGACCAUCGGCACAGAUAGGGCGAGGCUGUCGAACUUCCCCUCCACGCAGAUGGGCCUAGCUCGGGACCGUGUGCAUAGUGGCUUGACCGCGGGCUUCGGGUCCACGGGCCGCCUACAUUCUUCUCUCCUGCGCACGACUUAUGACCGACUUCCGCUUCCUUGCGCUUCUACAUGCGAUAUGCUUCUAUCCAGCCCUGAAACACGGCUCGCGCUUUGCUGUUUCGCUAUCCCACGCCAGAUUUGUUUAGUGAGCAGACCCGGGUCGGAACGGGGAGAGUGUUGAGUGGGAAUGGGAUUCUGGCGCCUCCGAGAAUGUGAUUACGCAGAUGUUGACAGCGUGUUUGUGAGAUUCAGAACGAUGGCGUGUGCCGAUUUCCCCCUCACACACGCUGUACCACGACGUACAAGGCGCCCGGAAACCAUUGUCCGAUCAGUGAGCCUUGUCAUGCAACGAAGAUUCUCAGCCACACCGUUAGAGUUCUGUUCUUGUUAUCAGAGUUUCUUUCCUAUGACCACCCUGCGCGAGUGGAUGUAUUUUUUUCAGGUGCGCGUCUGAAUCCGGGGCCAACUUGAAGAGAGCGGGGCCGGAUGGAUCAAAGAGUAGUGCCCAAUUCCACCAACGUCCGGCAUUCGAUUGCAGCACAGUUAGUUGAUACCGCAUCUACUUUGUAGCGACAGACGCUUCUGGCGGCGAUGAUUAUCUGCUUUCUUCUCUAAAAUUUCGUUUCCAACGGAGCCUCCGGGCACAUGACGCGCAGGAAUCAGCGGUCACAGCGUAAUUGGCAAUUUCGUAAUCGGUUACACGGACGCAACCAAACGUCAGAUCGUGUGCAGACAGCAUAUGUAAACCAAGUACCCGGCAUCCAUGAAAGCUUGGCAAUCCGUAACGGGCGCACGAUGAUCGUCAUGCAGAAGUUGUCGAACGUUCAUGCGUGAUGAUCAUAUGGAAGGAUGCGGAAGAGGACUGGGCAUAGCACCCAGGCAUGUUACAGAGCCUGUGAUAAGGCCAGCAACGACGGUCAGACUAUUUCCGCCCGGCCGAGAAGCAGAAGGACGUGCUCACGAGACCCAUCUUUGCGUCUCGACUGGGAUUAGCUACUGACGAGAAAACUCUCAGACGUGGACUUGGCCGAAGGGGGAUGUAGUGCGGUGGAGUGUGAGGGAACCGCUGAUGCGCACGAGAAGCGGAGAAAGCCCGGGUGUGGUCGUAAUAUGGGCUAGGUCGUAAAAUUAGGCCUCAAAAACGGCCGUAAAGGAGACCUGUCGGAGCCCUCCAUUUCGCAGGACUCAACCAGUCCCACGCACGGAUGCUCGUAGGCACACGACUGAGCGGAUGUAAAGCGCUGCGGGUCGUCCCCGACAGAAUGGAGUUGUUUGUGCAUGUGAUGUCGCCAAGGUGUCAGCUGCCCCUUCCCCAGACUGCGAUGACUUGCUUCCUCCCGCGCAGAUUCCACUAGAUUCCCUCUCUGCGCCACGCCCCCCGAUCUCUAGACCACACCAACACUAGAAACCCCGCUGUUCACGCUCGGUCUGUUCAAGAAAAAGACUCGAUUGAACUGCACUAGACCAUAGAGCAACAGCAUCAUGCAAUACGACGACCCGGAUGACCGCAGAAACCGCUUCCUUGGGAGCUCCGACCAUGCCGUCGCCGACCAAGCGCACCGCGCUGCUUCUCAACCUCCGCGCUACAGCGGCCACGGCCAGCCUUUCCUGUCCUCGCCGCAGUCCAAAAACGUUGUACCGUCCAGCCUAGGCGGCCCAUGGGGUGGUGUGCUCUCCUCCUCGACACGCAGCUCAUCCUUCUCCUCUUCCCGCUUCGAAUCGACUCUCGAGGACGACGAGCUGCUGGAUGGGGAUGACGACGAUGACGAUGGACUGUACCCGCAGUACCGUGGUCGCACCGCUGUUGCCCCGGAUCUUACGCGGAGCCGCAGUCACAGUCUUGCGACACAGCCCGUUGGCAGCGGGCGAUCGCUUUCACGUUCGUCUUCGGGGCAUGGUGUUGGGAUCAACAUCGGAGGAGGAGGAGCUCAGUUCAAUCCGAAUGUGCUCAACAGUGCGGCCAAUUCAUACUCGAAUGCGUAUCUUUACGGCAACAACGCACAUGGGCAUCGUUAUUCGGGGUACCAGAGUCGAUACGGCAGUCUGGGUGCGGGCUCACCCCUGGCUCAGAGUGUGCUCCGAGGCGGUGGUGCGAACGACAAUACGAACAUGAGCCCUUUCAUGCGCGAUGUCAGCACCCUGUUGCUGGACGAGAGUUCUUCUUUCCGAGAGCUCUGGAACCACGAAUCUUCCGGUGGGGCUGGCCGACACGCCGCACCCGACUACGACUUGCACGAGGAACCGGAUAGCGGCGCCACGUCUCGACGCCAUAGCGUGACCGGCGCUCAACCUCUUCGGUUCACGGCCGGUUUCAACGCACCCGAAUCAAAUGUCGCGCCCCCGGUCAAGUCGGGUGCGCCGAGCUCCGGUGCUUUGGGCUUGGGAUUUGGGCGCGGUGGGCAGAGUCUGUUGCUGAGCGAUGACGAUCUAGAGAUCGGGCUGGGCAACCUGUCACUCUCUGGAAACAACAACAACGGCGGAGGAUACAUGUCACCCACUUCACCGCGCGGUCGCUACUCUGACGAGGACUUUGGUGCGCCGCCACCUCCGAUGGGGCGGGCUCCAUCGAUGGGCCGGAAUGGCAAUGGUAACGGGCGAGGGGUUGCGCCGGGACCUGUCGCUCGCAGCCCGUCGCUGACACGUGGCGGGGCCGGCGUCAGCAAGGACUGGGCGGAUGCCUACUUCAGUCCGCCGCAGCAACAUUUCGAGGCCCCGGUCGGAGGCCGUGCUCGUGCGACCAGCAAUGGAUCCAGCACAGGUCCUGUGUUUACUCAGUUUCAGCAGCAGUUCGCGCCGCACCCUCAGCAGGCCAUUCUCGCGGACCUUGGUAAAGGGUUGCCGCUGCACGCGGUUCCGCCCGACUGGCCGCUGUAUAUCGUCGAGUUCAAGGCUGGGCGGACAGACCUCUUCUAUCGGGCCAAGGACCGAGAGCGGGCUGCGCAAGGCUACCGCAACGGUGUGGCUGACGACCCGGAUCCCAUUCGGGUAGACGACUUUGUAAUCGUCGAGGCGGACCGGGGCAAGGAUCUGGGCAAGGUCAUCAACGACUCGAUCACGCUUGAGGAGGUAGAGGCGUUCUGGGCUGGCAAGGACGGCAAGUUCGGCUCGGGCUCUGGUCAGUCCCCGCCGACGAGCCCCGGCGGUGCUGGCGAUGGCAAGAAAGAGAUCUGUCCCAAGAUGAUCUACGGCAAGGCAGGACCCGCUGAGGCCCAGCUUCUCGUCGCCAAGAUGCAAGAUGAAGCGAAGGCUCUUGCCCUCUGCCAGUCUAAGGUCCGGGCGAAAAAGCUGCCUAUGGAAGUAGUCGACGCCGAAUAUCAGUGGGAUCGACGCAAACUGACGUUCUACUUCGUGGCGGAGAAGCGCAUCGACUUCCGGGAGCUUGUUCGUGAGCUGUUCCGGCUGUACAAAACACGAAUCUGGAUGGCCUCGCUCCAAGGCGCCGGCGGAUUUGAGCAGUGAUCUAAAGAGACAGAAGAUACCAAUCAGACGAAAAUUGAACUGUCCUGCAUCUGUAUCCACCACACCCACAAGACUGCUAGAUAUGCAUCUCAGUUUGUUCUGAACGACGAACUUUGGCCUCCGUCUGUACUUGUAUGGUAGAAUCUGCUGUCAAUGUUUUUUGUAUAUAUGUAUGUACAAUCGUCUUUUUUAUUCACUCGGGCUCAACACGGCUCGAUCGACAGCCAAACGUCCUUUGUGUCAGAUGCCGCCUGGGUAGGUCGGGCCGGGCACGUUUCUGGGUGGGCAAGCCGGUGGAACAGAUCGAGACUGGAGGGAGGCUCACAUGGAUGGGGUGCAAAUGCAUGACUUUCUUUUCGAUCCACAGGUGAACACCCUGGAUCGAAAGCACAAGAGCAUCCGAACAAGCUCGAUUAUCAGUUAUAUUUAUGCAAAGACGAAGCCGUCAAGUUCCCGGGAAGCGCAAUGAACUACGCAGGAUGCAGUAAGUCACUAUGGGAAGAAGAAGCAGAAUAGAUCUCGAGCUUACAGGCUGCUUGAAUGGGUUCUGGAUAAGUUGGGCGUACUAGACAGACCAAGCCUUGAGUAUGAAUUCUAGAUCGAGCUAUAAAGAUGCCUCACAGAGUGCUCGAAACACAUAUCCCCUCCGGUCGGGCCGAUAUGUGGGCAAUGGACCUCGGGCCGCAGCGGCAGCUAGUUGCGCCAAUUACAUGAGUGUCCAGCAUAAUCGGAUGGUAUGCAUCAACGAGACACACCAUCGGGGUGUGGAUGUAGCGGCACCACGCCGUGUUCUGCCCGCCCUGCCACACCUCGCCGAAUGGAAUCGUGUCGCGCACGAACGCGAGGCAGGCCUUCAUGGACUUGUACUGCUGGUUCUUUCCGAGGCAGUGCGUUUGGUGCUGCUGGCAGAUGUCCAGCGCAGCGCGGGUCUGGAGGACAGUCGUGUUCGACGCGUGUUUAGGGUGCUUGAGAUGGUGGCCGAGCUCUUUGCGCAGCUGCGGGAUCAGGAGCGUCCAGACCGUCUUGAAGAGCGCGUCGGCGCGGAAGAGGACGAUGUCGUAUUGCGUGGCGAUGCCGUCGUCGUUCAAGGCUAUGUAUGGGGCAUCCUCAGUAGUCACUGGAGCGUGGGAAUCCCAUCAGUCGAUUGGCGGAAAUCUGCCCACGGGUGACCACGGACCAUUCCAGUUGAAGUCCCGGAGAACGGUUGCCCGGAUGAUGUUCUUCUGUAUCACGAGUCCUCUGGGACACUUCAGCAAGGGUUGCAAACAGACACGGGAGCGGGUCAUACGUCAAUGUUGCAUUCAACGGAAUGCCUAUCAGGGGGGUGCUCCCGGUUGCAUUAGACGCAAGGUUCGAAAAUAGACCUAGGUGGUGGUGUCCUCCGAUCAGCGUCUAGGCUCAGGUGGAGAGACUCGACUUCGCGCUACCGAAUAUGUACUAUUCCGGCCCAGUAAAGUCAGAUUGAUGGCAGGCAGUGGUGAUAUGCAUCUGGCGCACUUCUGUAUUCAAUUCCUGCCCUGAGAAUAGUCAGUGCCCCUUGCGAUAAUCAGUGGUGUAGUGCCAGCCGCCCACCGACGAAGGUCCCCGUGAUAUCCAGCCGUCCGAUGAUAUCUAGAAAAACUCAGCGAAGACCCUCCACGGCCAGGCGGGAGGCAGUCGAACUACCUUUCGAGAAACCCGUGUAGUUGAUGGAUUUAGUAACCUCGACGUUCUGCGGGAAAGUAAAGUCCUGCGUCGAGCCGACGAUCAACCCUAGAGGACAAGCAAUAAGCAUCGCGCAUACCGCGUUGAACUUGUUGAGGAAUCCCAGAAUCUGCGUGACGUUGGGAUCAGCGAGCGCCAGCGUCGUCAUGCUCAGCAGGGAGGUGAGAACGGCUGUGCGCAUGUCUGUGUACGUAGAAUCUGAACAGGGAUCCGGUUGUUGGAAUACGGCUGGCUGCCUCGUCCCAUCCGACAUCUUAUACUCAAUCCCUGGCGAAACGAACCGGAGCCGAUGAGUGACCCGCGCAGGUCCACUGCCCCAGGCAGAGCGAGCACCGGAAUGUUGGAGCCCGGGAGGCCAACAUCCUGUGAUAAACGUUCAGUGGCAGAUGCAGCGUGCGGGAGUUUCGAGUAGCGCUUCGAUCGGAGGAGAAACGAUUUAAGCGCAUGCGCACUGUUUCACAACCAGACGAAUCGUGAUAUUGAGCGGGG